AUGGGUAAUCAAAAUGCGAAAAAAAGACGUGAUGGUAAAAAACCAGCACCUUCAACUAAUGAAAUCUCACUUGAACGGCCGAUGAAGAGGUCAGCAUCAGCUCAACCCGACUGUGAUCUACAUGCCUCAAAUAUUUCGAGAGACUGUCACAGUUCUACCGACUCAUUGCCAUCCACUUCGCAACUACCGAUUCCAACAUUAAUAGAACAGAGUAACUGUUCAAAUUCAGGAUACGAACAAAGAGCGAAAGACCUUAUUUCCUCAAAUUAUGAUAAUGGUAACGAAUCAAAAACUAACGCAGUUAAUCAUAUAUAUGAUCAUGGUAAUGGUGGACAGUCACAUGAAGUUUCUUCUUAUUUAUCUCCACACUUUCUAGGAGGAACAAAAAUGAAGAAAUCACAUUCAAGUCAACAGCUGAAUUCAGAUAAGCAACAUUUCUUUAAUAAUCCAGCAUCAUCUCCUGAUUCGGAUACACCAGCUUAUUCUUCAAGAAGGUCGAGAAAUCCAGCUGAACAGACAACAAUAUCACCGUCCAAAAUCGUCAAAUCACAUACAUCCCACAAUUUUCAAGGUUAUGGUAUGAAAUUUUUUUCAUUAUUUUUGACGUAA